AUGGCUGUGUUUGCUGUUAAUUGUUCAAUUUUGGCUGCCUUGGUCUUUGUUCUUGAUUUUAGUUCUUAUUUUUGCUGUGAUUUAGUUCUUGUUCUUCUGGUAUUUUCUAUAGACCCCAUAUUGGCAAUAAUAAGUGGCAAGAGAGGUCAUGCAGCCAUUCCUCAGCAUUCUAUAGACCCCAUAUUGGCAGCUUCUAAUGUGAUUGUUAGCUUACAACAUAUCAUUUCUCGCGAGGCCGAUCCUCUGGAUUCCCAGUGUGAUGCACGAGCUUUGAGAGUUGUUCUCAGCCUCACAGAUGUAAAUAAAGGCUUAAGAGGCUAUGUUGUUGUGGAGAUGAGUAUUGCUAAGAACAGGGAUUAAAUUGUCUCAUUGUCCUGCUGCUGCAAUGCACAUGCUUGGAUUUGCACCUGUAAGGGAGAUGCUUGGUGCUGGCAUUUGUUUGUUUUUGUUGGUAACUCAUUCUGAAAUUUCUUAGGUAGCUAGGUCUUAGAGUGUGUUAUGUGUAGUAUAUUUUGUAUUUAAUCAUGUAAGCAUAUUGAAAAAAUAGAAAAAUUGACUUAUUGGACCAAUUUUAAUGUUUAAAUAUCUUGGAUUUAAUUUGUAAAGUGGGUGUAGAAUAUGUAAUUGAAGAAAAAAAAUUAAUUCAAUAUUU